CUCUUCCUUCUCCGUCCCCUGUUUAAGUUUUCUCCAAACUCACACAAGCUCCCUCUCUCUUCUCUCUGUUUAUCUCUCUGACGCAUGAGAGAACAAACUCAUCUCACAAUCUCAGCCUUCGGUUAUAUGGAGAACACUCAAGGAUCCUCGCCGCCUCACAUGGACGCUUCUCGGCCGUCACUAGGAUUCCCUCUCGGCACAGCUCUGCUUCUAAUAAUCAUUUUCAGCCUCUCUGGGAUAUUUUCUUGCUGUUACCAUUGGGACAAACAUCGCUCGCUCCGCCGUUCUUUGGCCAAUGCCUCUGGUCAUCCCUCCGCCGACAUAGAGUCCUCUCCGUUCAAACCUAGACCCCCUUUUCCGGAUUUGAAGAAACCCCAGGAUCUAAGCAUAACGGUGUUGAUGCCUGGAGAUAAUACGCCUAAAUUUAUAGCAUUGCCGUGUCCGUGUGCACCACCUCGGCCAGAGAACCUCACCGUUGAUGUCCAAAGUCCACCGCACUCACCACCUGUUAAGCCGCCGCGUUUUCCCAUUCCUCUUUGUUAGAUUUAAUUUAGCUAAAAGA